AGUCCCCCUCGAAGUUGAAGCGUUUCUCUUAUCGCUGCGCUCUGCUUGUCCUCUGAGCGCCCCCUUCCUCGUGGUGUACGUGCAGAACGCAGAGCUGACUGUGGCGGAUCGGCUGCCACUUUCCUGCUGACGUAGAGAGACGCGUUAGAUAAGAGUUUCCAGCCGGGGAAGAUAACCCGGGUGGCAGGCCGGUAGCUUGGGUUUCAGCAGCCAGAGCUCGGAAGAGAACAGAACGGCUGACGUAUCGGAAAAGAGCAGCAACGAGAUUAGGUUGCAGAAUGUCAUCCGCUGUGGAAGAUCGUGACAGGGACUCUCUCAGGAGGUGCCUGCAAGCACGCUGCCAACUGGAGGCAUCCAUUUCUGGAGUCACAAGAGCAGAGCUGCAGCUGAGAGACAACUCCAGAGAGGUGAAGGCCCAGAUCCAUAGCUGUAUCAGCAGGCACCUGGAGGUCUUGCGCUCUCGUGAAGUCUGGCUGCUGGAGCAGAUUGAGAUUGUUCAGCAUCUUAAAGAAGAGGCACUACAACAGCAGCACCACCAGCUCCACUGUCUUCUGGGUCAGUUGAACUUUCUCAUUUAUCAGUUGGAAAAUAACAACAGCAACAACCUGGCCAAUCAGAUCACCAGCUGCCUGGAGAAGUUGUCCAGCCUGAACCUGAAGCCCGAGGAGACUCCCGAGAUGAGUUUUCAAGCCGACAUCCGCUCUCUCCGCCAAGCCAUCACUUCCUUUGGGACCAUUGAAACUAAGGGGACGGAGAACCUUUCUAUUAGUUCACCACCAAGUAAAAGCUCCUUGGACGAUGUCUGGCUCUUUCAGAAUUGCCCCUUGGCUUAUACACAGCCGAAGGUGGAAUCUAAACUUUGGACAGAACUUGAUAACUGGAUUCUGAAAAGUUCUUCGGGUUCCAGUCCUCAGUCAGGAUGCCAGUUGAGCUUCAACCUCGACGACUGGCUGUACAAACCCAAGGAGAAGAGCCAGGUGAGCUGUCCUUUUGCACAGUUUGAAUUUGACAAAAUGUGCACAAAGACAGAUGUGGAGGCCUGGGUGCUGAAGGAUAGGGUGCCCCCUAGGGAGCGCUCUGUGAGCGAGACCAGCAGCAGCACCAUGAUGUCUAUUGAAAAGAUUGAGGAUGCGGAUCUCAAUCUCAGUGAGGGAGAGGAAGGGCAGGAGACUGAGGACCUUAAGGAUUGGCUCGUGACCUCGCCCACAGAGGAGAAAGAGGAGCUCGCCGAGAACAAGAGCCACGCUGAUGACAAGCCGAAGACGAUGUUCUGGCCGUUUUCAGAGCCCUUUCGCGCCAGCGACUGGCUGGUCAAGUACGAUGACAGCUGCGGUGCCUGCCGAGGUCAGUCCAAGGCCGUCGAGAUCGAGAACCUGGGAGCCCUGAAGUGCCUGAAGCAUAGCCCUUCUCCCAGCCCGGCUGCCACCAGCUCUACGGAAACCGUCCGCGUGGAGCAGGUGUGCAAGGCCAAUGAGCCCUGUGGAAGCUUCUUGGACUGCGUGUGUGAGGAAAACUGUGGCAGGGAGGCCCUUUGCGGCUUGCUGUUCAAGAAGGAGGGGCGAGACAAGAAUGGCAUGCCGCUGGAUAAGAACAAGGUCCUUGAGGAGUCCUAUGUGAAUGAUAUAGAUCGCUGGCUGCACCCCAGGAAGAAAGAAGUGCCUGCUUCGUCUUUCCCCUCAUAUGGGCUGACACUUCAACCCCAGGAACAGGAGAAGACCACCCAGGAAGAGCCUGAAUUGAAGUGCAAGGACCCCUUCAAAGUUUCUUUCAAUCCCGAAGAUUGGCUGAUGCCCAGACGAAAACCUAGCCUUCCUGCCCCAUGCACCAAAAAAGAAACUCCAAUUUACACCAGCACAGAGGAAGACAAGUGGCUGCUGCGCAAGAGAGCUCCAGAGCAGAAUGGCCCUACCUCGUUUUCGGACCUGUUUGCAUGUAUGACACUGAAAGGGGACAUGGAGAAGUGGCUGUAUAAGGCACCCAUACAGAAGUGAGAACAUGAGAAAUUAGCUGUUGAGAAUUUUGGAGUGAGCCACUGUAAUCGCUGAUCUUCGCACACGUUAUCCUGAAAUACUUUCUUUGCUGCCCUGUCAAGACUUGUCUGGUUUCUCUGUCCUGUGCUGGGAAGUGUUAUCGCACGAGUUCUCUGAAGAAAUGAAAUGGAUUAUUCUCUCCUGGUGUGGGCCUGGAGACCGAUGGAUCCAUAAGUCUGGUGCAUGGAAAGAUGGGAAGAGUGCAUUUUUGACUCUGUGAGGAAUUGUUGUUGGAGGAUCCCUUAGCGUAUAGGCGGUCAAACAGAAGGGAAGCCUCCUAAAAUGUGAUGUAAAGGGUUUGUUCCUGAAUAAAGUGUACAAGUACAUUAAUGCAACAUUUAAUCUGUGCAAGCGUACAAGGCAUCUUGUAUGGACAAUAAUGUGGAUUGGAGUAACCCCUUUAGAUUCAGGUUUUGGUGAGGUUAAAUUUUGCAGCUGAAAGACUAGAAAAACAGCUGUAAAUCUGAGUGCCCAUUCUAAUAGUUGCUGAGAAGUUAUAUUUUAAUUUUUUUAAAUCCUUCAUUUUAUGGUCCAAUUGUAGUCGUUUAUGAAAGGGAGAUGUUGAAAAGGUUGGGCUUCCUGCUUGCCAGCGUAAAUGUGAUAUAGGCAGGGAGAAGUAGUGCUAUAAUUUCUUGCAGGGCAGCAUGAAAACAUUUGCCAUUAAACUCGUUCCUGAGUCCAUGUCCUUCAUAAAUACUUCCAGCUUCCGCCCAUAGAAGGAAAUGGUCUUGGAGCCUAUAUUGUUCUUAAACUCUUAAGAUUUAAUUGGUAAGAAUCAGUGUCCUCAAUCUUGAGAUUUUUAGUCCAAUAUAUUAACAAUAUUAUAAUCUGAAAUACUAGCUGAAAACUAUCUAAUGAUUAAUCACAAAAAGUGAAAGUACUUAGAUGUAUUUUAUGCUGUUGCUAGAAAUUGCACAUUUCUACAGAGUAUUGGUGUAGGAAUCAUCUUGAUUAUUAAGAUGUGAUUUUUUAUAGAUGCAGCGAUUGCAUUUAUCAUGCUGCUGCGUCCCUUACUUGGCACCUGAGAGGGGAUUAAGAACAUUUUGAAAGCAGGAGCUUCAGGUCAGUUCCAGUCAAGUGAUCAGUACUUUGAGUCAAUACUACCAAUAUAAGCCAUCCAAACUGAAAAGAUUAAAGUCAGCUCAGUGAACGUGCCAAGCAGACAGUAAGUAAGCUGUGAUCCCAGCCUUGUUCCUUUAGAGCCUGAUAAAGUAGCUAAAUUGAGCCCUAACCAUCUCCCCCCUUUAUUUUACUUUAUUUUCUUCUUGCCUUCUUAAUCUCUUCAGUGUGAAGGGCCUCAAUAUGUAAAGUGCUUUACCAUAUAAAUACUAGAUAAAAUAUAUAAAUACAUUGCAAUUCAUUCAAUUGCUGUGAUCUACACCAUGUGUUAUUAAACUCUUAAUAAACAAGGAAAUGUU